AUGAACACCGAUUUGUCGAUGCAAGGAAGCGCAAAUCAAUUUUACUACAAUCUACGGGAUAAGGGGGCCUCUCGUAUGAUGGAACGUCAACGAUGUAUUUUGCACCUUAUACAAGAAUAUUUAGACAGACAUAAGUACACGUUAUCUAGCGACGCGGUGACCAGUGAAGCUAAUUUGUCGCCAAAUAUUCGGGUCUCUGAAAACAUCGAUCUGGAAAUAAUUUUCACCGAAUAUGAGAGUUUUUACCGCAUGAAGUACAACAAGAACCCGCUGUUUUGUAGACCAGUCGAAGGGAGUGAAGGCGUAACAAACAAUAAGAAGAAAGGCAAACCGGUCAGCAAACCGAAAAUACAGGAAGAACAGACGAAGCAGAACGUACAACAGGUUACAAGCAACGGUUCCACGAAUGACGUUAACCUCGCGAUGAUAGUGACACCUAUAUUCCCGAACGAGAACGAAGAUAGAUCUUCGAUAACAGAGCUUCAGUACAAUAGGGAACUGCACAUACAAUCGAACCUAUCGAGAUGCGUCGAGCUCUAUCCGGUAGACUCGGAAUUGCGAAAGUUCGCCGAGGACAUAUCGAGGGAGAUCGUGGUGAAUAACUUAAACGUACACUGGAACGACGUGAUAGGACUCGAAACAUGUAAAGCCGCGGUUAAAGAAGCCAUCGUGUAUCCCGUCAAGUAUCCUAUAUUCUUCGCCGACAAGUUUUCCCCCUGGAAAGGCCUUCUGUUGUACGGACCACCUGGUACAGGCAAAACAAUGCUGGCAAAGGCAAUCGCGACGGAAUGCAAUUGUACAUUCUUCAACAUAACAGCCAGUUCGUUGGUCAGCAAAUGGCGUGGUGAUUCCGAGAAGUACAUUCGCGUGCUUUUCGAGCUCGCUCAUAAGUAUUCGCCCACAAUUAUAUUUAUUGAUGAGAUCGAUUGGAUAGCCACGAAAACAUGUCCCGAAUCGCAUGUUUUGUCCGAACCAGCAAAAAGAUUUAGAUCUGAACUUCUGACCAGUUUGGAUGGAUUAAUGUCCCCCCAAAACUCUAAUGUCGUCCUUUUAGCUACAACUAAUGCCCCCUGGAAUAUCGAUGAAGCUCUACUCAGACGUCUUGAAAAACGAAUAUAUGUAGAAUUACCCGAUACGGUAUCAAAAUUUAAUAUCUUCAAAUUGUAUGUCUCGAAUGACAUAUUAAAUACCCUGAAAAACUCAGCGUCAGAUAGUACUAAACUGAAGAACUGUUCUGCUGCAGACAUCAUACAGAUCUGCAAGCAAGCAUGGAUGCACCAAUCAACUCCGAUGUGGAAAAGACUUGAAUCCAAAGAAAUAACUUUAACGUCAGAUUUGAAAUAUGAAAUAACAGACAGUAACAGUUUCUUUGACACGUUUGAUAAAUAUCAACCCAUAAUUAAAAAUGUUGCCAACUAUAAUAAGUGGACAGGUGUUAUUUAA